AUGCCUCAAAUUCCCAAGAAAAAAGAAGAAAAGAAGCCCGAUAACGACGAUGAUGACGGGCCAGAUAAUCCAAAAGUCACUCUUGAAAAUAUGGAAUUGUGGGAUAGCUUUCAUCAAUUUGGCACGGAAAUGGUCAUCACAAAAACUGGAAGGAGGAUGUUCCCAUCUUACAAGACGAAAGUAUCCGGCCUCAACCCAAAAGCCAAGUACUGCAUGCUAAUGGAUAUCGCCGCCGCCGACGAGCCGAGCCUCUCCCGACGUUACAAAUAUCACAAUACACGGUGGAUGGUGGCGGGCAAAGCUGAUCCUGAGCUUCCAAAGCGCAUGUAUGUGCACCCAGACUCGCCGGCUACCGGAGAGCAGUGGAUGAACAGGCCAUGCAUUUCCUUUCAUAAGCUCAAGCUGACCAACAACAUCACUGAUCCACACGGACAUACAAUCCUCAACUCGAUGCACAAGUAUCAGCCUCGCUUUCACAUCGUCAGAUGCAACGACCUGAGCCGAAUCCACAUGACAACCUUCCGAACGUACAUUUUCAAGGAGACCCAAUUCAUCGCCGUGACUGCCUACCAGAAUGAAAAGAUCACACAACUCAAGAUUGACCACAACCCUUUUGCGAAAGGUUUUCGCGAUGCGGGAGCAGGAAAACGUGAAAAGAGACGCCUCCCGCUUGAUUCAACUGGAUCAGAGCAGUCGAAUGGUUCCGAUUCUCCACCAGCCAAGGCUCAUUGCGGGCCAGACAGGGCAGUGAUGACGACUCAGGCAGUCUCACCCAGUUCAGCUGCUGCCGGUCUCGGAUUACUCAACAAUCCUCACCACAUGUUCCCUCACAUGAUGCACCAUUCGCAUCCAUUGAUGCCACAUGCUCCUGUUCCGCAUUAUCCGCCAGCAUCGUGGGCCAAUUUGACAACACCUACAUCAUUGCCAACGUUACCAAUCCCAACAAAAUCGACGAGCCCGUCUCAAAUCGUCCCGUCAGUUUCAUUGCCUAAACCAGAAAGUCCAAAGCCUACUUCUGUCGAGGAAGAAAAGGUCGAGCCAGAAAACGAUGACAGCACCGUGCCAAGAGCAGAGAGUGGAGACGAGGCUGUAAAAACCGAGGCGGAAGAGAGAAAAGAUGUUAAAACUGAGUCUCCAGCAGCGACGCCGACCCCCGUUGAAAUCAAGGAGGAAGAGGCGGACAAAGAAAGCAAACGAAGCUCGUCCCGUGUGCCAUCCCCAGUGGUGGCUACCACACCCCAGCCAGUUGUCUCGACGCCAUUGGUUCAUCCAGCUCUUCAUGGUAUUAGCUCGUUGCUGAACAAUGGGCUUGGGCACACAGCUUCCGUCCUUCAACAACAAAUUCUUGCCGCGCAAACUCAACUCGCGCAGCAACACCAAGCCGCCCAAGCGCAGAUCGCUCAACUUCAAUCCGCACUCGCCUUGGCCCAGCAGAGUUCUCUUCUGCAAAACAACCUGCUCAACCAAAUUCCAGCGAGCAUUUCCGGACCAAACGCAGCGGCCCAGGCGCAGGCAGCGUCAAUCCUCGCCACUGCACAAGCCCAAGCACUUCAACAGAAACAGGCUCAAGCACAAACUGCCCUCCAAAAUCCGCUGCUGACGUCGCUAGGAUUGGCCGGUCUCGCGAAGCCGACGCCACCGCCCGCCCAAGUCGCGGCUGAGAAGAUUUACCGAGACGCUAUGGUCAGUAGAGGUCUUCAACUGCCUAACCCCGACGUUCUGAAACAACUCUCUCUGCUCAGGCAGCAGCAGCAACAAUAA